UCUGUCUGCUGAGAGGGGAACUCGGUUUACAGACACCACAACACCCGAAGCUGUUCAGAGGACAUUGGCAACGAUGUCAAAAUGCCCAAACGUUUGUUUUCAAAGGUUCGGUUUUAUGAAAUCAGGGAUCUUAUGCAAAAUGUCAAGAGGCCCAGAAGGAGUGAUAUUGUUCUUAAUCGAAAGAGGCGUAAGAAGGACAUCCAGGAUCUAAUGGUGCAAAAAAUAAGUGAUGAGCCAUCUUCUUUGCAACUCAGUUGUCAGACUGAGCAUAAACUGGAUAAAGUGUUACGGGAUAAAAAGUAUUUAGCAGCGUUCCAAACUUUCCUGCAGUCGGAGUUCAGUGAGGAAAACAUCAAGUUCUGGCUCGCGUGUGAAGACUUCAAGUCGACCACCUCGCCGGGUGAUCUUCGCUGGAAAGCAGAGGAGAUCUACACCGAGUUCAUCCAGCCGAUGGCCUGCAGAGAGAUCAACGUUGACCACUAUAUUAGGGAGAAUAUCAAAAAGUCCUUGGAGAAACCAAACCUCUCCUGCUUCGACGAGGCCCAGAAACACGUUUACCUGCUGAUGGAGCGAGACUCCUGCCCCAGAUUCCUGCACUCUGACGCCUACCUGAGUCUGAAGUGCAAGUCCAGAUCUAGAUGGUACAUUUAACUGA